CAGCCAUCUUAAAAAUGGCUGCAAUGCUUGUUCAUGGCUACUUCAACGUCUCCAGCGCCCUCGAGAACGUUUCAGGAAAGCAAUUCUGUAGGUCAAACGCGAACUUGAUCAAGCCGAGAUACCAUGAAUAUGCUCCUAUUCAUAUGUACCAGGCUGUGAGUUCUCGUAUUCAACCAUUGACUCUCUCGCUCACGCGGACUAUUAGUGCGUAUGUGGAUUCUGGUUUGAUGGAUCCUGCACUCAAUCUGUUCGAGAAAAUGGGUCAAAGAGAUACUUAUGUCUGGAAUGUCAUUAUAAGAGGGCUUGCCAAUAAUGGCUUUGUUCAAGAGGCAAUUGAUUAUUACUACAGAAUGCUAGAUGAAGGGUUUAAAGCUGACUAUUUUACUUACCCAUUUGUGAUUAAGGCAUGUGUGGGGUUGUCAACCAUGGUAGAAGGACAAAAGGUUCACGCAAAGAUUAUCAAAAUCGGGUUGGGUUUGGAUGUUUAUGUUUCUAAUUCGCUGAUUGUUAUGUAUGCAAAGUUUGGGUAUAUUGAGUAUGCGGAGAGGGUGUUUGGAGAAAUGCCCGUGAAAGAUUUAGUUUCCUGGAAUUCUAUGAUCAGUGCAUAUCAAAUGGCCGGUGAUGGUUUGGGAUCGUUGAUUUGUUUAAGGGAAAUGGCAAAAAUGGGAAUGAAACCUGAUCGUUUCAGUGUGACAAGUGCACUUGGUGCAUGCACGCCCUAUUUUGGUUUUCGGAGUGGAAUGGAAAUCCAUUGCCAAGCCAUUAAGAAUAAGCUUGAGCUUGAUAUUACAGUUCAGACGUCGCUUGUUGACAUGUAUGGUAAGUGUGGUAAAGUUGAUUAUGCAGAGAGGCUGUUUCGGAGUAUUUGGACAAAGAACAUUGUCGCUUGGAAUGCUAUGAUAGGUAUUUAUGCUCAUACUGCUCAUUUUGCUGAGGCAUUCGCCUGCUUUAGAAAGAUGCGAGAGGAUGAUAAGUUUAAUCCAGAUACUAUUACAUUGGUGAACUUGCUCCCUGCUUGUUCGCAGUUGGGUUCUCUCUUGGAGGGUAAGGCUAUCCAUGCGUAUGCCAUUAGAAAAGAAUUUCUCCCUAACCAAGUGUUGGAAACUUCGUUGAUCGACUUGUACGGGCAGUGUGGAAAGUUGAAAUCAUCAGAAAGUUCAUUCAAUUUAAUGACUGAAAAGAACUUAAUUUCAUGGAAUGCCAUGAUUGCAGCUUAUGUACAUAACGGGUCGAACAGGAAAGCCCUAAACCUGUUCCAGGAACUCUGGACCACGCCUUUCAUGCCGGAUGCAAUUACGAUUGCAAGCAUCUUACCUGCCUACGCUGAAUCAGCUUCAUUGAGUGAGGGUAUGCAGAUUCAUGCUUAUGUUACAAAAUUGGAACUUAGUACAAAUACAUUCAUCUCAAAUUCAAUUGUUUACAUGUAUGCAAGGUGUGGUGAUCUCCAGGCAGCAAGAAAGUAUUUUGAUGAGAUGCCGUGUAAGGAUAUUGUUUCAUGGAACACCAUCAUCAUGGCUUAUGGCAUUCAUGGAUUUGGUAGAACUUCUAUCCAAUUAUUUUCUGCAAUGAAGGAAAAGGGCAUCAAACCCAAUGGGAGAACUUUUGUUUAUGUGUUAUCUUCGUGUAGUAUUUCCGGCAUGGUUGAUGAAGGGUGGGAAUACUUUAAUUUGAUGAAAAGGGAAUACGGAAUUGAUGCAACAAUAGAGCAUUAUGGCUGUAUGGUUGACAGUCUUGGUCGCACAGGUAAUCUAAGCUCAGCAAAACAGUUUAUUGAAGAAAUGCCAUUGGUACCGACAGCCAGGAUAUGGGGUUCUUUACUAGCUGCGAGUAGAAACCACAACAACAUAGAAAUGGCAGAGUUUGCUGCUAGGCAUGUUUUCUCAUUGGAACAUGAUAAUGCAGGGUGUUACAUUUUGCUUUCGAACAUGUAUGCCAAAGCUGGGAGGUGGGAAGAUGUUGAGCGGAUUACGAAUCAAAUGACGAAAGAAGGGAUAACAAGAACAUUUGGUUGUAGCAUGGUUGAGACAAAUUCUAAUACUCACUGGUUCGUCAAUGGAGACAGGUCACAUGCUGAAACAAAAAUGAUCUAUGAUGCAUUGGAUAUUAUUUUGAGGAAUACAGCAGAAGGCAUUUAUGUUAAUACCGGUGCCAAGUUCAGACCACAAGAUUUAUCAAGAAAAAGAGCAAAUUCACCAGAGAAUCACAGUGCAAAGUUGGCUAUUGCCUUUGGAUUGAUCUCCUCAACAAUUGGGAAGACUGUUCUCGUUAGAAAAAACGUGAGAUUAUGUGAAGAUUGCCACACAGCUGCUAAGAAGAUUUCAAUGUUUACCAGAAGAGAGAUAAUACUGGGAGAUUCUAAAAUCUUUCACCACUUCAAGGACGGAUGCUGCUCUUGUGGAGAUUACUGGUAACAUUAUUUCAUUAACAUAAAAUAAUGUUAUAUAUAAGCCAAGGUAGAUCAACAAAAUUGUUUGUAACACACUAACACUUGGUUGUUCCUGUUUAUUUCUCUUAUGAAAAAUAUACUAUAUUGUAAACCCAAGAGAGAAAUAAGGCAUAACCAAAUACAAUGAGAACAUACCAUGUUAGAAUUAAUGGUGACAUACACAAUGACUUUUUACAAUCAAUUCGUCGAAUCUAAAUUUUUGAGAUAAAAACUCGGCUGAUGAUGAUAGAAAUCCAAUUUAUGAGUCCCGAGAAAGCUAAACAUAGCAGAAUCUAAACCAUAUCUAAAUAUUUAAUAUCAUUUCGUGCAUCAUCUCAAGUUCUCUUAAACUCAAAGGCAAGCAUCCUUUGAAAUUCAGUUAUUAGAUUCUUAUCAGAAUAUUGGAAUAUACAAGUGCCAAAAAAAAAAAAAAACACUAUUCACAAUUGACGGAC